AUGGCCACGAUCACAGAAUUCCUGCAUUGUAAAUAUGGAACGAACACCCAAGGAGAGAUAACCAAAUCACUGAGUAGAUUGCAGAUUGAUUCCUUACUGUCCAAUAUCAAGAAGAAAACACUUCACUCGAAGCUAUUUGAAUCCCUUGAUGAUAACAAUUUUGAUAUUCAAUCGUCUUCAACAUGGCUUAAGAAAGGAAAUAUAUCUCCUAAAUCUGAAGCUAUGUUUUCAUUUCUUCAAGACAGGAAUAUUUUUUUCAGAGACCCUAAUUCAAAAUGUUCACACUGUAAAUCUUCCAAUAAGACGGUUGAUCACAUGGCAACUAGAUGCAACAGGAUGCUUAAUUCGGAUUAUACGAGAAGACACAAUGAAAUUAGUCUAGAUUCUAGUCUAGUCGUAAAACACAAAAAACCUUUCACUGAUGGGGAAAUUUUAAAAUCUUGUUUUUUAGAAGCUGCCGAUUCACUAUUUGAUGGUAUGAAAAAUAAACAGGAAAUUUCAAAUUGCAUCAAAGAGCUUCAGCUCUCAAAACAGUCAAUUGUCAGAAGGGCUGAAAGCAUUUCUGAAAAUCUUCUUUCGCAGUUAAAAAAGGAUCUUUACGCAUGUUCGUGUUUUUCUCUACAGUUUGACGAAUCAAACGAUGCUAUUGAUAUCGCCCAUCUAUGUGUAUUUUCCCGUUUAAUCUUCCAUGAUCUAACUGUCAAGGAAGAGUUAUUUGCUAUUAUACCUAUGAAAGAAAGAACAACUGGUGAAAAUAUUUAUAAUUCUUUCAAAACGUUUUUGUUAUCAUUCGAAUUAUUACCGUUAAUGAAGAAACUUGUAUCCAUAACAACAGAUGGAGCCCUUGCAAUGAUUGGGAAUCAAAAUGGAUUUAUUGCAUUUUGUCGGAAAGAUGAACAUUUUCCGAAAUUUUUAUCAUAUCAUUGCAUCAUUCACCAACAUGCAUUAUGUGGGAAAAUGUUAAAUUUCAACUAUGUUAUGGAGACAACAGUUAAAAUUAUUAAUUCCAUCCGAGCCAAGCCCCUACAAAGAAGAUUAUUUCGACUUUUUCUAGAACAAGUCGAUGCAAUCUAUGGCGAUCUACCUUUACAUUGUGACAUAAGAUGGUUAAGCAAGGGAUUAAUUCUCAGUCGUUUCAUAGAAUUAUUAUCAUACAUUAAAGAAUUUUCUAAAGAAAACAACAAGAAUUGGCAUUUUCUUGAAAAUCCUGAUUGGCUAAUAAACUUGGCAUUUUUAACCGAUAUUACCAGCAAACUGAAUGAACUCAGUUUAGAAUUACAGGGAAAGAAUAGAUAUAUUAUCGAUAUGAUCAGUUCAAUAAAUGCUUUCAUAAUGAAACUGUCAAUAACCCAGGCUGAGUCGACAACCCAGCAACCCUGUGCCACUCCAUUCAAGUAUUUGAGAGUACGACUGCACAGUCCAGAGGAACCUGGACAAAAUAAGGUCACAAUGCCGACCUUCAACGACCACAUGGGAUGUCACAUUCGCAUUAAAACUAGUGCUAUAACUCACUCCAAAAAAGUCUGA